AUGAAGGGACUGCAUAAACUGACAGCAUCUGCAAUGGCUCUGUUCCUGGCAGCGUGCUUCGUAUCUUUCUCCUGGAGUGCACCUCAGGCUCAUUUCCAAAGGAGAAACUGGACUCCUCAGGCUAUGCUCUAUUUGAAGGGUGCACAGGGACGUCGAUUCAUCUCAGAUGAGAGCCAGCGAAAGGAUCUGUAUGACAGAAUGCAACUUGAAACACGCAGCCAAAACACAAAUCCUUUAUCUCUUUCUGAAGCUGCAGCACUGUUCCUUAGUUCCUUAUGGAAAGCACAAGAAGAAGUUGGAGAAGAAAACAUUGAUCACCAUGGCUACUUGACAGAUAAUCUAUCAAAUUGGUGA